AUGGCGCCUUUUGUUAGCGCCAUCAACUCGAACGAGGAUGUACUCACCCUCACUCUUGGUGAUGACGCGAGCAUUCAACACCGCCUCUACCGCCUCUCCAAAGGCUCGCGCGUGCGCUUCAUGCCCGCUGCCUGCCUUCGAGGCCGCUCCAUCAAACUCGAAAUCAACUACCCCUUCAACAAGAAAAACUUUGAUCGCCUUGACUUUACCACGUUGCACUUUGGCGUGGACCCGACCAGUCCCAAUAGUGACCCCUAUACUGACCUGUUCUUCGAGCUGGCAGGCACGUUUGACUUUCGCUACACGGUGGAGCCCUCCGACAACAGCAUCCUUGGCAUCUCCAAGCAGCGCAAGGCCGACGAGGGACCAAAGCAGCCUAACAAAUUUCAGGGCCAUAUCAUUGUCGAGUCUGAGAUCAUGCUUGGCUCCCGCCGCUUGACCCUCGACAAUCUCUCCAUCAUGACCAUGAUCCCACCGGCCAUGGGCCCGACUAUCGCUAUGAUAGAUUUGCAAGCUGACCAGUCACUUGCCCAACCGCAGGAGCAAGGUGGUUCCAAUUCUUGUUAUAGCCUCAAGAAUCAGCUGCGCCUGAACCCCAAGCUCUUUGGCGAGGAUCCCGACAAAGCCGACGCCAAGCUGGCCGAGAUUGUGGCUCAGGCCAACAAGCCUCGCGACGAGGGAGGUUUGGGCUUGGUUCUCAUCAUGGACGUGGUGUACAACCACACCUCCCCUGACAGCGAGUGGCUCAAUGACCAUCCCGAAGCCGGCUUCAAUUUGGUCAACAGCGCCUUUCUACGCGCCCCUUUCGUCCUGGAUCGAGCCAUUGCGCUCAUGUCCAAACAAAUUGGCGACGGCACCUUGGACCUGCCUCGCCGAGUCCAGUCACAGGAAGAUGUGACGCGCCUCAUCGAUCAUCUCGAGUACCAGAUCCUUCCCUGUGCUCAUCCCGCUGAACAUCUUUCUCUCGCUCUCUCGCGCUCUCUCUCUCUCUCUCUCUCUCUCUCUCUCUCUCUCUCUCUCUCUCUCUCUUCCAACUCGACUCAACACAGCGACUUGACCUCAAGUCCUUUUAUCUCGUUCAAGAAGACGAUGCGCAUCGUUGACAUGGACGUGGCCCUACAUCGCAGCAGCUACCUGGUUCACCGCAAUGCUCAAUGGGCCUGUGCCUGGCUUCGCAAUGAAAUCAAAAACUACAAUGGCGCGCUGGACCACGAGUAUGGCCAUGCCAACGCUCCCUCUGCUCAAUGCUUGAUGCCAUCAUAUCUGGGCUCUGCCAUGGGAAGUCUGCGCGGUACCAUGGCGUACGAGCGCCUUGAUCCCACGGGCCCGUGCCUUGGUGACAUAGACGAGCAGCAUCCGCUGUUCAGUCCUUACUUCACCAUCUUGGCGAAAGGCCGCAAACAGGACACCUACGAUUACAGCCCGGAGCUGUUGGAAGCCUUCGAUCUUGAGCAUUGCCUGGUCAACAACGGCUGGCUGUUCGGCGGGGAUCCAUCCACCGACUUUGUGCAUCCAACCUCGCGCGCGUACUUGCGCCAUGACGUCGUCAUUUGGGGCGACUGCGUCAAAAUGCGCUACGGCUCGGGUCCUAAAGACAGUCCUUGGUUGUGGGAGCACAUGGCCGAGUACACGCGCCGAGUCUGCAAGAACUUUCAUGGCGUGCGCAUUGACAACUGUCACAGCACACCACGUCACGUGGGCCAGUAUAUGAUGGACAUUGGCCGCACCGUGCGGCCUGAUCUGUUGGUGGUUGCUGAGCUUUUCACCAACAGCGCGGAAACUGAUGCUGCGUUCACCAACCAACUAGGCAUCAGCACCCUGAUUGGAGAGUACACCUUGGAGCAUUCCCUUCCCCUGAUGGCUUUGAAUGCUCUCAUUUCCAACGGCACCGGCACCACUCGUGGCUUUGACGAGCUCUGGCCUGAUAAGAUGAAUGUGGUGGCCGAUCCACGCAAAUACCGCCCAUGGACUGGCAACAACAAGCCCAAGUCAGACGAUGAAGUGGGCAUUUCCACAGGCCUGUAUCGUUUUCGUCGGGUGCUGAACCAGCUUCAUCACCGUCUGACAGACGAGCACUAUGAUCAAGCUUACGUCGACUUGAAGAGCAAUGAUAUCAUUACUGUGACUCGUCACUGUUUGAAGACGCUUCAAGAAGUCACCGUAGUGGCUCGCCUGGCCUUUUCGGGCGACAAUUUGGGUGAUGAAAGUGCCGAGCUUCACCUCGAAGCACCUGGUCGAGUCAAGCGUGUCAUACUGGCAGCCCGCCCGAUUGCAGCCGCCAAGCCCGCCGGCGAUUUGCAAUCAUCCAAGUGGUCUUAUGGACACUCGCUCGAGUAUGAGGACUUUCUAAACGUUGAGCCCAAAGAAUGCCCCAACUUGGAUAUCACAUCCCACGAGACAGGCGAUCGCCUACGCGUGUCAAAGUUCCGGCCGGGUGCUGUCCUUGUGUACACGGUCGAGCCUCUGCCGGCCAUGCUCAACGCUGUUACCACGAUUGAGAACAUCCUGAAGCAGCCCAAUCAUCCCGUGGAGAUGACCGCUGUAGAUCUCAAUCACGCUCUCUUUCGCUGCAAUCAAGAAGAGGAGACGGAGGAGGGAAAGCAAGAUGGAGUCUACUACAUCCCAAACUAUGGCCCGCUGAAGUUUGUUGGGCUGCUUGGCUUGAUUCCUUUGCUGGACGAGAUCGUGGCCAGCAACAACCUAGGCCAUCCUCUUUGCGACAAUCUGCGCGCAGGACCAUGGCUUCUAAAGUUUCUUGCCCAGCACCUUGCCAAGCGCAACUCGUGCAAGCCGUUGGCCAGCAUCCUUUGGGAUGCGGCCAAGGUGUACAUGGACCUGCCAAUUGGCCGCAGACCCUGGGCCUUUUCACAGGUGGUCAGCUACGUAUAUAACAUUGUGUACAACUAUGCGACUGGGCGGUUGAUGAGCGAUCAGGCAGGCCAAUGCCGAUUUGUGGAGCUUUUGACUCUGUCUUCGGUUCAGCUCUAUGGCCUCGAUGCUCGGCGCACGCUGGACAAAGCCAGCCUUGAGCAGGAUUCCGCUCAGCUCUCCAUGGCCGCGGGGUUGCCACACUUUGCAGCCGGCUGGAUGCGCAGCUGGGGCCGUGACACCUUUAUCGCGCUGCGCGGCUUGCUCAUGGUCACUAAAAAUUACGAGGGUGCCAAGCUCUUGAUCCUACGCUAUGCGGCCGUGGUCCGUCACGGUUUGAUUCCCAACUUGUUUGACGGCGGCCGCAACCCGCGCUACAAUUGCCGUGACGCUACCUGGUGGUGGUUGCAAGCCAUCAAGGACUAUUGCACUCUCGUGCCAUUUGGCGAAGAUAUUCUCUUUGAGGUUGUCGAACGCCGCUUUCCUAGUGAUGACCCCCGUGAGUUUGAAGAGUCUGGCACAGUAUCCAUGCCACUGUGUCUGAUUAUGCAUGAGGUGCUGCAGAAGCAUCUUCACGGCAUCGAGUUUCGCGAAUGGAAUGCCGGCCCCGACAUUGACCGUGACAUGAGUCCCGAGGGUUUUGAUAUUGCGAUUCACGUGGACCGCGAAACGGGCUUCAUCCAUGGCGGUUCACGUUGGAACUGUGGCACGUGGAUGGACAAGAUGGGCUCGUCGGAGCGCGCCGGAAACAAGGGCCAUCCUGCCACACCUCGCGAUGGCGCGGCUGUGGAGAUCCAGGGCUUGGCCUAUUCGGUUUUGUCUUGGCUAGCUGCCAUGCCAAAGUGCCCUCUACAGCCGCUACACACAGAGAGUGUGGGUUCGGGCGAAAAGACUUGGACCUUUGAGCAUUGGGCAGAUUUGCUCAAGGCCAACUUCAGCAAACAUUUUUAUGUGCCGCGCAUGGAUGCGGGCGAUUACGACUCUUAUGUCGUCAACGAGGAACUCGUCAAUCGUCGAGGCAUUUUCAAGGAUACGGUCGGAUCUUCGGCCGAGUAUACCGACUACCAGCUGCGGCCCAACUUUCCAGUCGCCUUGGCCGUGGCUCCUGAGCUUGUCUCAGAUGCACACGCACUUUCAGCACUACGUUUGGCCGAGGAGGUUCUGCUUGGGCCACUGGGCAUGCGGACCCUUGAUCCUUCGGACUGGAAGUACCGACCCAACUACGACAACAGCAAUGACACCGACGAUUACCAGGUUGCCAAAGGGUUCAACUACCACCAGGGACCUGAAUGGCUCUGGCCAAUUGGCUACUUUUGCCGUGCCAUCCUCAAUUUUGCCGACAACAAGCAAGAUACCAUUCAUCGCAUCAACCAGUUUUUCGCCCGGCACGAAGAACAUCUGGCUCAUAGCCAUUGGGUGGGCUUGCCGGAGCUUUGCAAUGAAAAUGGAAGUUUUUGCGCCGAUUCAUGCCCAACACAGGCCUGGUCUGCAGCAGCCGUCUUGGACGUUUUGUAUGACGCCAACAUGCUUUCCAACCCGAUUCAGCAAAAGUCACCACGCCGUAGCUCGAGCUUCCGCGCCUUCCGUCUCUCCUCGGUCUAG